AUGUCUAACUUACAAGUGUCCUGUGCUGCUUUUAUUUUAAUGCAUUCAAUAUUGAAAAAAAGAAAGCAGAAACGAAAAGAAAGAAGAUGGUGGCAAACAAAUAUUUUUAAGAGCCGUAAUAUUUAUAGUGGAUCUACUUUAAUUAACGACCUCAGGUCUCAAGAAAUAAGCGGACAGUUUAACAAUUUUAUUCGGAUGUCAUCAAUUGACUUUGAACAUCUUAUUACCUUGAUUGGUCCUAAAAUUUCUAGGAUGGGUACAACAUUCCGAAAAGCAAUACCUGUACAAGAACGAUUGGCAGUAACAUUGAGGUAUUUAGCAACUGGGGAUUCAUAUACUAGUCUUCAAUACCUUUUCAAAAUAUCUCGACAAGUUAUUGGUCUAAUUGUGCCAGAAGUAUGUAAAGCAAUUGUAGAAGCCUUAAAGGAAAAUAUUCAGGUAAAUAAAUUAUGUUGUUAA